GAGUCCCCUGGGCGCAGCUGAUUUCACGAGGUUACCAAACAUUUUCUGCCACUAAGCGAGCGCUUCUCACUGUGUGUAUAGCAUCCAUUUAAUAAAUAGCUUCAUUUAGAUAUUUGUAAAGUUUGAAAAUUAUAAAACUCGCUGUGCUUUGGAUUCCAGGAUCUUCAAAAUAAGAAUUGUAUGCGCCUGUUUUAACGAAUACUAUUUAUACGAUUUUGAAUAUAAAUUUUAAAAGACUUAAUUUAAAACUUUACAUUUAUAAAAACUUCGGUUAACAACAAGCAUAUUGAAAGUUGAACCAGUUUUUUGGACCUGUAAGAUGUCGUUGAUUGCAACUUGCCGUGGACUAUCAAGGCAUGGGACCACCUACUCAACUAUUGUGUCGUCUGUGGUCAGCAGGUCAUAUUCCACACAAUUCUUGAAUGGGUCAGCGAUUGUGUGCAAUAACAUGUUGCUGCGGCGGGACCUUCCAGCUGAACACAUUUCAUUUCAACAGGUCAGAGGCCUUGCCGACUCUAAAGAAGUUAAAAAAGCGGUGGAAAACUUUCGCCAGGGGAAGUAUGACACCCUACCCGACCCAUCAGAUAUAUCACACUUUAGGAGUGCAACAGCUGAUACAACUAAAACAACAACCGUGGAAGAGAAGGGCAAGGAUGGCAAGGACACCCCACCAAUUGGAGUGUAUACACUACCACACCCCAUCUGGACUGAGGACCAGCUUCACAGUGUAGAAAUUACCCACAAACCACCAGAAGGAAUUGUUGACAAGCUAGCCUAUGGCACAGUACAACUACUAAGGGGAGGUUUUGAUGUGUUUUCUGGUUUUAAAAGUGGAGAGAGAAAUGAGAGGAAAUGGCUUAAUCGCAUCUGUUUCCUGGAGACUGUGGCUGGUGUGCCAGGUAUGGUAGCAGCCAUGAUGAGGCACAUGAGGUCCUUGAGGAGGAUGCAGAGAGACCAGGGCUGGAUACACACACUCUUAGAGGAAGCUGAAAAUGAAAGGAUGCACCUGCUAACUGCAUUACAGCUGAAACAGCCAUCCCUCAUGUUCAGGUUGUGUGUGAUUGGGUCACAGGGUUUCUUUGUGACAAUGUUUGGUGUCAGCUACGUCUUCAGUGCCAAGUUUUGCCAUCGUUUUGUCGGCUAUUUGGAAGAAGAAGCUGUCAAAACCUACACUAAGUGUUUAGAGGAUAUUGAAAGUGGACCAAUGCAACACUGGAAAACACAGGCUGCUCCUGAAUUAGCUGUGCGAUAUUGGAAGCUCAAGCCAGAUGCUACAAUGAAAGACGUAAUUUUGGCCAUACGAGCUGAUGAGGCUCACCAUCGUGUUGUGAACCACAGUCUGGCUUCACUCAAGAAAGAUGAAUUCAAUCCAUACAAACCUGGCCACUAAUACAGUCUAUUUUUAAAGCCUUUAUUCAUGACAAUUUGCCAGAUGUUGAAUUGUGAGAAAAAUUAGUAUUUUUUUUUAUAUUUAAUACUAUUUUCCUUUGUUCAGCAAUAUUUAAUACUAUUUUCCUUUGUUCAGCAAAUUUAGCUUUAACUUUUUACAGCAAAUUUACUGUAGGCCUUCUUACAAAACAACUGUUGGUUUUUUAAACAACUGUUGGCUUUUGAACAAAAUUUUGAACUUCAGUGAAGAAAAGUCUCAGUCAUUUCCUUGAUAAUUGUAUCUUUAUGUGGAGUAACAAAAAGGAAAUUGACUGAACUCAACACAGUUGUAGAGAAAUGUCUCUAAAAUUUGGAGGGCUACCUUUCUCUAUGCUAAAUAUAAGCAACUGUUGGAUUUGUCUGUGUCAGAUGGCUUUAAACAAAUCAAUUGCCCAUGUACAAAAUGUGUUGAAACUAACAUCAAAAUAAACCGGGAGUGAUAUCCCCUAAACUUUCUCGAAUAUUCUUAUAUAAAACAACAGGGGAUGGGAACUCGGGAUAUAGAUCUAGUUAUGAUUUUUAAUCCAUUUUAAAUACUUAAACUUUUUAAAAUAGAAUAGAAUCUCAUAGAAAAAAGUAUUGCGCACCAAGCGAACGCCGAAUAAAGAUGUUCAUAAUGGUGCGCAAUAUUAUUAGUACUUUAUAAAUUUAGAUGCGUUUUUGAGAAAUCGGAAAUAGCGUAAAUUAGUACUUCCCGUCAACGGAAAUUACUCAAAAUUUAACAGAAGGUAGAGAAUUAGAUCUUUUACUUACAGGUGAAAUUUCAUUCCUCUAUCUGAAAUAGUACUUAAGUUAUAGGCUUUUGAAAAAUUCAAAGUAGAAAAAGUACCACUUCCGGUUAUCGGAAAUCGCUCAAAAGUUGAUACGGAUCUACGAUUUUGAUAAAAUACUUAUAUAU